UACAUGUUAGGCAAUUACUACUAAUAUUUACGUGUAAAAGUUUGUUGUUGCCUUGUUGGUUUAGCUCUGCGGCUAAGUUAGCACUGCCAAAUUUUGUGAGCCCCCUAGAAGGCUAGAACUAGUGAAUAAAAAAAAAUACUAAUAAAAACUGGAAAAAAAAGUAACUAAUAAAAGUUUAGGAGCCACGUUAUGGGAGUCUCAGGGGCAUUUACGGAGAAUCAUGACCUAUAUAAACAAGCUUCUUCUUCUGAUCACCACCGUCACAAUUAAUUUCCCCGCAAUUCCAUACACAUUCCCCACAACCACAACCACAACCACAGUGUGAGGAGCGAACCUGAAAAAGUUACGUAGCUCCACUCCUGACUCCUCCACAUAAGAUUAAAUUAAAAAUGGUGAAGAUCUGCUGUAUUGGAGCUGGGUAUGUUGGUGGUCCAACUAUGGCCGUCAUUGCUUUAAAAUGUCCUAACGUUGAAGUAGCUGUUGUUGAUAUCUCUGUACCACGUAUCACUGCUUGGAACAGCGACCAGCUCCCAAUCUAUGAGCCAGGUCUCGAUGAAGUUGUCAAGCAAUGCCGUGGCAAGAACCUUUUCUUCAGUACUGAUGUUGAGAAACACGUCAGAGAAGCUGAUAUCGUCUUUGUCUCUGUUAAUACCCCUACCAAGACUCGUGGUCUUGGAGCUGGUAAAGCUGCUGACUUGACUUACUGGGAAAGCGCUGCUCGUAUGAUCGCUGAUGUUUCGGUUUCAGACAAGAUUGUUGUCGAGAAAUCAACCGUUCCUGUCAAAACCGCUGAAGCUAUCGAGAAGAUCCUUACACACAACAGUAAAGGAAUCAAGUUCCAGAUUCUCUCUAACCCUGAGUUCCUUGCUGAAGGAACUGCUAUUGAAGAUCUUUUCCAUCCUGACCGUGUUCUGAUCGGUGGUCGUGAGACCCCUGAAGGGUUUAAAGCUGUCAAUGCCUUGAAAGAUGUUUAUGCUCAGUGGGUUCCAGAAGAUAGAAUCCUAACUACUAAUCUCUGGUCCGCUGAGCUCACCAAGCUUGCUGCCAAUGCCUUCUUAGCUCAAAGAAUCUCAUCUGUCAAUGCUAUGUCUGCUCUCUGUGAAGCCACUGGUGCUAACGUCACUGAAGUCUCCUUUGCUGUUGGUAAAGACUCUAGAAUCGGUCCCAAGUUCUUGAACUCCAGUGUCGGUUUUGGCGGCUCCUGUUUCCAGAAAGAUAUCCUCAACUUGGUCUACAUCUGUGAAUGCAACGGCCUCCCUGAAGUUGCGGAAUACUGGAAACAAGUCAUCAAGAUCAAUGACUACCAGAAAACUCGGUUUGUAAACCGCAUUGUCUCCUCAAUGUUCAACACAGUUUCCAACAAAAAGAUUGCUGUCCUCGGAUUCGCCUUCAAGAAAGACACUGGUGACACGAGAGAGACUCCAGCCAUUGAUGUCUGCAAAGGUUUGUUAGGAGACAAAGCCCGAAUUAGCAUCUACGAUCCGCAAGUCACUGAAGAACAGAUCCAAAGAGACUUAACCAUGAACAAGUUCGACUGGGACCAUCCACUUCACCUCCAACCCAUGAGUCCAACCACCGUGAAACAAGUCUCAGUCGCUUGGGACGCUUAUGCUGCCACCAAAGACGCCCACGGAAUCUGCUUGCUAACUGAGUGGGACGAGUUUAAGACACUUGACUAUGAGCGGAUCUUUGAAAAUAUGCAGAAACCAGCGUUUGUCUUCGAUGGAAGAAAUGUUGUUGAUGCAGAGAAGCUGAGGAAGAUAGGGUUUAUUGUUUACUCUAUUGGUAAGCCAUUGGACCAGUGGCUCAAGGACAUGCCUGCUCUUGCUUAGCUUUGAGUCUUAUUCUCAAGAUUUGGAUUGCUUUUUCUCUAUAUAUAUGUUGGUUAUAUCAAAUAAUUUUGUUCUGUUUCUUUUUGAUGAGACAUUUUCCAAUACUUUAUCAUAUGUUUGGUUAGAAAGAGAGACUAGAUUUGGUUAUUAUCGCUAACCACCUUGUACGUUGGAUAUCAAAUUUGUAAGCUUCUCAAACAUUUUCAAUAUAUAAACCUUUUACUGUUUUUCA